UAUUUUAUAGGGGUUAAAACAUGAAAAUAUUUCUUUUUUUUUUCAGAUUUUAUUUUCAAUUCAGCCACAGAUUUUCACUGCCGGACUCCAACGCAGAGAGAGGGAGAGAGAAGAAGGCUUCAGGGAAAACGAAAACACCAAAAAAAAAAAAAAAACCCCAAAAAAAUGGAAAAGGAAAACCCUAGGAAAUAGUUAGCUUUCGAUUUAGAAACAUUGAAGCGUUGCAUUUCAAGAUCUCAAUUCUUCAAUCCUUGAAAGUGCUCUUUGCAGGAACUUGUUAUUCUUGGCCAUGGCAAACUCCAAGGGGUCAACAAACAUAAGAAAUUUUAUGUUUACAGGAAAGCAUGCUUUACUUCCUCCAAAAUGUCCAUUUCCUGCGGUCUCCCCAACAUAUACGGACUAUGUCCCCAACAAUGUAAUUGGAUCAAAAACAGUUCAAAAGCAUAGAGAGGGAAAUACAAACCACCAGCGCACUUCUUCUGAAAGCCUUCUGAUAGAGGAACAGCCUUCUUGGCUUGAUGAUCUCCUUAAUGAACCAGAGACUCCUGUGCGCAGAGGAGGUCAUCGACGUUCAUCGAGUGACUCUUUUGCGUACAUCGAUGUAUCUAAUGCUCCUAACCUAGAUUAUGCAGCUCUGAAUGAGUACAGAUAUAAAAAUAUGAUUUCUGCACCAUCUUGGGCAUCUCGGGACUUUGGUUAUCACAGUCACAAAGAUGCUUGGCUUAGCUCUUUCUACACUGAUGUGAACUUGGUAAAGCAAAAGAACAGGGCAUGGGAUUCAUCUUUGAAUGCAGUGGUUCAUCCAACGGGGCUUCCUUCAUUUAGAGAAGGCACUAUUUUUCAGGGUUUAGGAUCAUCAUGUGCACUAAAAGAAGUAGAGGGUGCUUCAUCAACAGCAAGUGAAAAACAAGAUUCUGCUGAAUCUGCCCCUUUUGUUGCAAAAACUUCUUCUGAGAAAAAGGAUAAUUCACAUGCUAAAUCUUUUGCAUCUGACAGCGAUACAAAACGUGCGAAGCAGCAGUUUGCUCAACGCUCGAGGGUGCGUAAACUUCAGUACAUAGCUGAGUUGGAAAGCAAUGUACAAGCUUUGCAGGCAGAAGGAUCUGAAGUUUCAGCUGAGCUUGAAUUUCUCAACCAGCAGAAUCUCAUUCUUAGCAUGGAGAACAAAGCUCUUAAGCAUCGUUUAGAGAGUUUAGCACAGGAGCAGGUUAUUAAAUUUCUUGAGCAGGAAGUAUUGGAGAGGGAGAUUGGUAGGCUACGAGUCUUGUACCAGCAGCAGCAAAACCAACAGCAACAACAACCAUCAUCUAGCCAUCGACGCUCAAGCAGUGCAGAUCUUGAUUCCCAAUUAGCUAACCUCUCUCUGAAACAUAAGGAUGCCAGUGCUGUAUAACUGGUCCACUCCACAUUUAAAUAUUUAAUUUAGCCAGAACUCUUUUCGUGCCACUACUUCAACUGGUGCUGCCAUGCUGACCGAAUUUAUUGUUUCCCUUGUGUGGGAUAAAACCAAGAUCAACCGGUCUUGGUGCCUUCCUUCUACCUGAUCUUCUCUUUAUUUUUAUGUCGUCUCUUACCCCCCCCCCCUUCUCGUUUUUCCUUCAACCAAUUAAUGUCUUCAUGUGCACCUGGUAGUCAUUGCCAGAAAACUGGAUUUCAGCCGUAUGACUUGCCUGAGGUGGUAAACAUAAGAACAGGUUCCAAGUUUAACUCCCUCCUGUCUGUUCAUCAUUGGAUAUGAUUCAGAAAUUUUAUGUGCUCCAUUUCCCUCCAUUUUUAGUAUCCACCUAGUGGAUACCACCUUAGUGCAGAGAUCCUUAGGCUUUUUGGGUGUGCAUUAUUUAUAAUGCAUAAUGGUAGGAAAAUAUCUCUUGUAAAAUGCUUUUAAUGAAAUCCAUGUUGUUUUUCUGGGUUCUGUUGGCUAUAAUUUGCCUGGUUUUCCCCUUCAGCUUGAAGAUAGUUUGGUUUGUGCAGGUUUGCAAUCAAGGAGGUGCCCCCGUACUAUCUAUUAUUUAUAGUUCCCCCUCUCCCUUUCACCUUGCCACUAUCAGGGACAUUUCCACGGCCAAAUUCUUUUGGAGGGUUAAUGUCUGAAUUGAAAAAGUAUAUGUGAAAUAUGAUACUGCAUUCAAGC